AUGUCCCUCACGGGCAGCAGUGACAUGGACAGCAAAUCUGGGAAGCCCGUGUCCAUGAUUUGGGGUAAGCGCUUGAGCAGCGAGCAGGACUCCUACACCUUCCAGGUGCCAGAGGAGUGGCAAGGCGAGCAGCAGCUGGCUCUGAGGACAGUCUGUCUGGGGGAGACAGUGCAGGAUGAGUUCCAUGUGGUGGAGAUUGUGCCGGCUGAGGAGGGGGCUGCUCGUACCCCAGUGCCCCUGGCCACGCUGAAGCCAUCGGUGCUGCUCAUGGUGAGUGCCCAGGUGAUGCCCGACCUGUCCUGGAACAAGGAGGGUAGUGAGGAAGAGGAGGAUACUGAGGAAGAAGAGGAGGUUACUGAGGAAGAGGAGCCAGCAGAGGAUUCCCCCGAGAGCCAAGCUGCCAAGAAGGACAACGCUGCCAAG